ACUACAUAAGUUAUCUGAUUUGAUGUUAUCAUCAACAGGGAUGACGAUGAUGAUGAUGACGAUGACCGGCGGAGUCAAUGUGAAUUACAAACCCCCUUCUUGUCCUUCUUCUUCUUCUUCUUCUAUUCUGACCACCAAAUCAAAUUCUACUAAAAUAUCAAAAUCCACUUCUUUUUCUAAUAAAUUCACCCAUUCUUUUACUUCUUUCUCACCAUUUAAAACCCCUGUUGUCGUAUCAGCUACAGCCUCAGCUGAAACAAUUGCAGCCCCCCUUCAUUCCCAGAAGCUUGGAGUUGUUGUGAAGCCAAUGGAAAAACCAAGGCUCGUGUUGAAGUUCAUCUGGAUGGAGAAAAAUAUCGGGCUGGCUCUAGACCAAGUGAUUCCAGGAUAUGGAACUAUUCCAGUUAGUCCUUACUAUUUUUGGCCAAGAAAAGAUGCUUGGGAAGAGCUUAAGCUCAUGCUGGAGAGUAAGCCAUGGAUUUCUCAAAAGCAGGUCAUUAUUCUUCUUAAUCAGGCUACCGAUAUCAUUAACUUGUGGCAGCAGAGUAGCAGUGAUUCACAGUAAUUGUUGUAGACUGUGUCAACUCUUUUCAGAUGAAUCUUUGUAGACAUGAUUUGCUCACAAUUUGAUAGAGACACGAUGUUCUUCAAGUUAUGUUCUAUCUUUCUGUUUCUUGGUUAAUCAGCGAAGUUUCAAUUG